CCUUGAGAGCGAGGGCGAAUCUUUCGUCUGUCUGUCUGCGAAGUUAAAAUCUCCAUUUAGGAUUGCAAGCUUUUAUGUGGGCAUACUGGCGGGGAUGGCGACGGAUGGAGGGAUAGAUUUUGAUACACCACUAGACUAUGCUGAGUUUCAGAUUUCAGCAACUAAAAACAGGUAUGAUGCAUUUGUUUGUGGCAACAAAACAGUGGAGAAAUUGGCUUCUGGUCUUCUGGAACAGCUUGUACUGCAUCUACCAGAAGCAAAAGAUGCCCACUCCAAAGGAAUGGUUGACAACUUCAAACUUCUGUUGCCUGGAAAUCUCAGGGGCUCAGCUUGGUUCUCCAAAUCUACUCUUUUGAGGUUCAUCCAUAUUGUUGGUGCACCUGAAUUAUUAGAAGCCGCUAAUGCAAUUGAAGAUGAGAUGUCUCAGCUGGAGGAAGCUAGGAGGUUUCAUCUCUCUCUGUACACACAGGGUCAUCAGGAUCAUUCCAGGAAUUCGGAAACAGAUUGCUGCAAUCUGGAAGACUCUGAACUAACUAUGAAACUUCAGAACCAGAAUACAUCAUCUGAUGCCACAAAGAAUGAACUUCUGCGAGCGAUGGACUUGAGACUUACAGUGCUAAGCCAGGAGUUACUUUCUGCUUUCAGCCGGGCUGCAGAUGCCACAUGCUCCACUAAACAGAUUGCUAAUUUAGUAGCAUUUGCUGAGCAUUUUGGAGCAGUAGAUUUAAGGAAAUGUCUGUUCAAGUGUUUGACAUUGAGCCAAAAGAACCAGACUACUGCUUCCCAACUUGAGCAGUCAACAUCCUCACCUGCUUCAUUGAGUGACAGAAAAAUAUCAAUAGAUGGAAUAACUCAAAUGUGUACUCCAGUAAAUAAAGAUAAACCUGUGAUGUAUGGUGUCUCCCCUGCAAAAGUUGCGCAGGUGGAGCGUCAAAGCUCAUCAGAAAGUGAAAAAUCUUUAAACUCGACUGAUGAAGAUCAACCAUCUAUGGAAAGAAGUCGCCCUCUCAUAAGAUCUGCAUCACCUAGAAGGUCAGCAUCUCCAAUGCGAAGGAUCCAAAUUGGGAGGUCGGGAUCACGGAGGGCUACCGCUCUGACCAUUAAGAGCCUUAAUUAUGUUCCUGCCAGGGAAAGGGUACCGUCUGUUAGAGAUGCCAUUGGAAAUAGCAGUGAAGAGGAAGAAUCUGAUCAGCCACCGAAGAAACCUGAAAGUAGCGCACGGAGGAUGAGUGUUCAAGAUGCAAUCAAUCUUUUUGAGAGCAAACAGAGGGAUCAAAAUUCAGACAUUCAGAAAAGGAGGGCUUCAUCAGAGGUCUCUAUUGGUACAAACAAAUCUGUCUUGCGAAGAUGGAGUGCGGGCAUGGGGGAUUCCUUGACCCAAUGCCCAUCAGAAAAUGCUUCUGCAGGCCCUAAUCAGUUAACUGCCAAUAAUUUAGUAGUCAGAGCAAUUCAGAACAGUUCAACGGGCCCAAAGCCAGAAUCGGAUUCAAGUUCAGAUCAUGUCAAGACAACCGAGGUAGGUGCACCGUUUGAAACAGGGGAGAACAGAAAAUCAGAUCCAUCCGAUGAUCUGCAAGAUAAUGUGAUAGACCUCGCAGAAGAAACUCAUGACAAGGUAACGGCCUCUGCUGAAUGGAGUCGACAAAAGGAGGCAGAGUUGAAUCAAAUGAUGAUGAAAAUGAUGGAGAGUAAGCCUGCAAGAAACCGAAACAUGGAAACUGGAAAUGGCAGAAGCCCAGAACUUCCUACUGAUCUGAGGGAUGGCUUUUAUGCGAAGCUCAGAUGUGAGAAUGCUGGGAAGCUAGCAGAUAAAGAAGCACAAUUCAAAUCGAUGCAAGAAGUCCUUGACCAAAGAAAGGCUACAAUGGCCUCGAAAAAUGUGCGUGCCAUGGUGAAAAAAGAUUCCUUGAGUAACCCUAGGCAAUCACAAAAGAAUUCAUCUCCAUCUAUGCAUCCCAAAAAGGAAACCUCCAAGCCUGCCAUUUCAAGAAAAACCUUGCCUAAUGCUCCAUCCCUGCCCGCAACACGGAAGUCAUGGCCAUCAACACCAUCCACAAAAACCACUAGGACAACAUCAACUAAGAAUGCUAAUGAGAUCUCCCCAGCUGGCACUACACCAACUCGUCGGAAGCCCCGGCCUGCACCAUCACCAGAUCAGCCAAGCCCCAAAGUGGAAAGAUCUCAUCAACAACAGAAAAACGUAAAGGGGAACAGGACAGAGAAUAAGCAGCACGUAGUGAGGAAAAGUGACAAAACUGCAAAAGUGAAAGUUCUGCCUUCUGGUGAUGAUUCUGGUGGAGUGGCUCAAAAGAAGCCUAGUUUCUAUAACAAGGUGAACAAAAGAAGUAGUGUGGUUCCAGUGGACUCAAAACCUUAUCUCCGUAAAGGUUCUGGAGCAGGCCGUGGUGUUGGUCCUGCUACUAUCAAAACAAAAGCUUCUCAGUUUGAUGAAUCUUCAAGAAAUAGUGGGAAUGUGAUCCAAGCCCAAGAGGAGGUGGUUAGUGUAGCUGCUGAGCAGCGUCAGGAGGGGGAUAUGAUUCCACCGGUAAGAAUUGAUGCUAAUUUCAAAGCAGAAGCUUUAGUGGAUGACCAACAAGAAUGUAGAAAAACAGAGAAUACUGAUCAGUUUGUUACUGAAGGUAAUGAUAGCCCCCAAAAGACCUUAGAGCUUCCUGUAGAAAUUCUAGCUGAUGAGGAAUCUGGCAUCUCAUCCAUUGCCUGGGUGGAGAUGGAAGACCAACAAGUACUGCCUGUGUCAUGUACCAGCAGCCUACCGCAAAAUGAACCACCGGCAAGUGUUGCACCGGUGGCUUUAUCAAGUCCACGUGUCCGCCACUCUCUUUCACAGAUGCUGCAAGAAGACUCUGGUGAACCUGAAAUAAUUGAAUGGGGAAAUGCUGAAAAUCCACCAGCUAUGAUCUACCAAAAGGAUGCACCCAAAGGACUGAAGAGGUUAUUGAAAUUUGCUCGAAAGAGUAGGGGGGAAGCAAAUGUUACAGGUUGGUCCAGCCCAUCGGUCUUCUCUGAGGGAGAGGAGGAUGCUGAAGAACCUAAAGCUGCUAGGAGGAAUGCAGAUACUCUACUGAGGAAGGCUGCCAUUCAAGCAAAAGGCUUUGGGAAACAGAAAGACACAUUUACCGAAACCUAUGAUAGUGGAAAAUCAUCUGCUCAUGAGCUACUGUCUGCUCAAUCCCAUAGAGGCAAACUCAUUCCUCAAUGUUCUCACAAGUUGCAGGAGGGUCACAUUUCAGCUGCAGCUACUUCAACUAAAGCUACAAGGUCAUUCUUCUCUCUCUCAACAUUUAGGAGCGGCAAGUCAAACGAAACAAAAUUUCAUUAGUUCAGGCAAAGGGUUUCAUUCUUUUUAUCUAUCAUCUGUUGUUUUAUUUGGUAUGUGUCUAAUUACUUUUUAAGUAUGAGUCUGCAUAUGCUGUCAGUGGAGUUAUUCUGUUAAUGCAACAUGAUAACAAGAUUAGAGAUAUCCUCCCGCCUUACGUUUGGAAUGUUCUCUCUAUAACCAUAAUGCUAGAAGUGGAUGUUAUGUGAUUAGGAUGUAAAAACAUUUAUUAAAAAGUUAAUGCAUCUAUAGAAUAUCCGACCCUUUUGGUAAUCUA